AUGUAUUCUUAUGGCGAUAUCUUGUAUUUUCUCUAUGUACUACAAAUUAUGAUUGGAAUCUUAGGUAAUGUUUUAGUUCUUUACCUGUAUAGUUUUCAUUUAAUCACUGGCUAUAAAACAAGACCUAUUGACCUGAUUAUCAUUAAUUUGACCUUUUCCAACAUUUUAACAAUUCUCUUCAGGGGGGUCCCAUGGGCAAUCCAGUUGUUGCAAGUGAAAUUUUUCCUUGACAACAUUGGUUGUAAAACCCUAAUUUACCUGCAAAGAACGUCCAGGAGCCUAACCCUUUGUAGCAACUGCUUCCUGAGUGUAUUCCAGACCAUCACCAUCAGCUCCUGCAACAUUAGAUGGGCAGAACUCAGAAUCAGAGCUCCAAAGUACAUUAUUUCUUGCUGUAUCUUAAUAUGGAUCUUCAGUCAGCUAUUAAGUGUGCCUUUGUUUUCUAGUGUGACUGGUGUUAAGAACAAUAGCAACAGUAAUCAAAGUAGGAAUCUAGGGAUUUGCUCUUUAAAUAGAUACACCAGGCCUACUUCAGCAUUUAUAAGCUGGAAAUCACUUUAUGAAGGAGUCUUUGUGAGUGUCAUGGUCAUUAGCAGUGGCUACAUGAUUUUUGUCCUAUACAGACAUCAUCAGCAAGUUCAACAUACUCUUGGAACAAGCCUUACUCCAAGAGCCUCCCCAGAGAUCAGAGCCACCAAAACCAUCCUACUGAUGCUGAGCAUAUUUUUGUACUUUUAUUCAGUCAGUUUCAUCUUUAUUAUUUAUAUGGACAAUUUUCAAGAUACAAAACAAUGGAUGUUACACAUCUGUGUUCUUUUGACUCUAUGUUAUCCAUCAUUUAUCCCCUAUGUCCUAAUCAGCAGUGACUCCCAGAUCUCCAAUUCUUGUUAUCUUUUCCAAAGGAUGAAAAAGUCCUGCCCCUGUCCUUCAACUUCUCAGAACAAACACCACAAAGCCUUGCAAUUGCAAAGCUGA